AUUCAUUUUUUCCUUUUCUUGACUUACUAAUUAUAAAUACUUCACUUAGUUGUCGUAUCUUAAGACCCUUACGAUUUGACUAACUUAGUACGAAAUAAUGACAGAAAAUUCUCAAGUUACAACUUCUUCUCCCCCAUCCUUCUCAAGUGAAUUACAUGAUACCAAACCGGUUACUAUUAGUGGAGGUCAUGGAAGCCACGAAGCAUAUCCUUCCACUCCUACAACAUAUGCUUCAGCUUCAUAUCCCGCAUCUGCAGCACUCACCACUACGGCCUACCUUACUCCCGAAAAUGUAACUAUUACAGAAUCUGUAGGUUAUGAUCGAAAUGGAAUGCAGCAUCACAGGACCGGCUUUCCGCCGGAAUUGCCACCAACGCCACAAGAUUAUCCUAUCUCGAUGGGAAGGUAUUCCAAUGGUAAUAACUUGGGAUUGCCACCUAACUCAAAUGUGAACACUCCAAAGUCAUCACCAGGACAACAAAGGCCUUCAACUGUCCCAACGCUUCAAGCCAUGAUGACCACCUUCAGUUUGAAGACCGUUUCCUCAACUCAAAGGUACAAGUGUAAUAUUUGUCAAAAAAUGUUCACUAGACCAAGUUCUUUGCAGACACACAUGUAUAGUCACACUGGAGAAAAACCCUUUAAAUGUCCAAUUGAGGGAUGUGGUCGUCAUUUCUCAGUUGUUAGUAAUCUUCGCCGCCAUCAGAAAAUUCACACAAUCGUUAGGAAUUUUUCUAGCGAACAUAACACACACCAAGCAUUACAUCAAAAAAAA